CCGGCCGGGUUGGCGCGGAACCUCCCCGGCCGGUAAGUUUCUGUUUCGCUCGGCCGGGGCCGCCCCGCCGCCAUCAUGGACCCGCAGCCCGACAGCUUGGAGGGGUGGGUGGCCGUGCGCGACACCGCCUUCGCCGAGCCUCGGCCGCCGCGACUCCGCUUCCUCGUGGCCUGGAACGGCGUGGAGGGCGCGUUCGCCGUCACCUGCCACGGCCGGGCGGGGGAGGAUGCAGCAGCGGCGCAGGCCCCGCAGAGCUGGGCCGGCCUCUUCUCGGCCCCGGCCCUGCGCGGCGUCCACCGGCAGCUGGCGGCCGUCUGCCCGCGCCUGGAGCCCGCCUUCCCCGCCCUGCCGCCCACCCUGCCCGGCGCCGCCACCGGCGGCGGGUUGUGGGCCGUGCUGUUCCCCGGUGGGCCGGCGCCGGGCGAGGCCGAGGUGCAGGAGCUGUGCCGGGAGCUGGAGCGGUACCUGGGCUGGGCCCUGGAGCUCUGCGGCGGCCGUGUGGUGCUGGACGCCCUCUUCGCCGCUGACCGCCGCCGCGACGACGAGUACUUCGAGAGCCUUCACGAGCUCCGCGGGAAGGCCUUGCGCGGCCACCUGGCCCGGGCUAAGGAGGCCCUGCGGCGGGUUCUUCAGCAGCAUAAAAGUGCUGACACAAUGGUGGCUUUGAUGAAGGUUUACGAAGAAGAAGACGAAGCUUAUCAGGAUUUGGUCACCAUGGCAACACAAUUCUACCAGUAUUUACUGCAGCCCUUCAGAGAUAUGCGAGAGCUGGCGACACUCUACAAACUGGAAAUCCUGAAAUCCUUGCAGUAUGAUCAUUUGGGGCCUAAAAGAGUAGCUGCUUUGCAGAAAGAUGCUGAAGAAUGGACUAAGCGGGCUGAGAAUGCUGUGCGCUCCAUUCAGGAUAUCACUGUGAACUACUUCAAGGAAACUGUAAAGGCUCUGGCAGCAAUGGAAAAACAGAUGGAACAAGAUCAGGAAAGAUUUGGUAAAACAGCCUGGGCAUCAGCCUUGCCACGACUAGAAAACCUGAAGUGCAUGUUAGCUAAAGAAACCCUUCAGCAUCUGCGGGCAAGAGAGUUGUGCCUGAAACAGAAGAGAGCUGGCAUUCAGAAAAACAUGGAGAACCUCAGUGAACAAGAAGAGAACCUAACUGUAGUGGAGGAGCUGGAAAUACACUAUUAUGAAACCCAGCUGGAAUUAUAUAAUGUACAGCUUGAAGUAUUAAAACAUGAAGAGAUGCUGCUUAUCGUACAGUUGGACACUUUAAGGAGACAUAUUCAAGAGAAACAGGAUGAAGUUGUUUACUAUGAUACAUGUGAAAAUCCUGAGGAGCUCAAGGUCAUUGAACAGACAAUGGGACAACAUUACGCUAACUUGUCAGAAAUGACGAUGCUGAGGCAGAAGACUAAGCAGUUGGAGACAAAGCGUGGGACUGUCUGUGCGAGGAGAGCCUACCUCAGGAACAAAAAAGAUCAAUGUGAAGCAAGCCAUCAGCAGAGACUGCAACAGGCAGAAGAGAGCAAAAAACGCUUUCUGCAGCAUCACAGCAUUCAGAUAAAGAGAGACAAGCAAAAAGAGGAGGAGAAAAAGAAAAAAGCUUGGAUAAGCCAGGAACGUCAGAAAACACUGGAGAGGCUGAAAACAUUCAGGGAGAAGUGUCCAGCUCAUGUUGUUUUGAAAACAUCUCGUCCCCAACCUCUCAGUCCCAAGUUGCCACGAAGCAUCACUCAGCAGGUUGCAGUAAUGUCCCGUCCACGUUCAUCAAGAGCAAGGGUAGCUCCAGAGCAGCCAAAGAGCAUACUGCUAGUAGAAGCCAAAGAAUCAAAAGCUGCACAUCAGAAUACCCCAGCGGAUAUCCCUGUCCAGAUCUUUGUUACUGAUGGUGACACAGAGCAACAAAAGCACAGCGAGGGACCAUCCUCCUCACCACCAUCACCACCUCCAGGACUGAUGGUCUCUCCAUCCUCCCCACCAUCACCACCUCCGGGAUUGAUGGUCUGUCCAUCCUCCCCACCAUCACCACCUCCAGGACUGAUGGUCUCUCCAUCCUCCCCACCACCACCACCUCCUCCACCCCCUCCUCCUUUACCCUCUCCUCCCCCUCCUCCCCCACCUCCCCCUUUACCUCUCCAGUUAAAGACACCGUCAGCAACAGAGGAUAAGCCACUUCCCCUUAGCGCCGAUGGCCCCACAGAGAGCCCUGCACUGCACAAACAGGAUGACUCAUCCAGGAGGUCUAUAAAUAAUUACAUAGGUUCCAUGGACGAGGUUUUGGCUUCUCUAAAACGCGGUGAAGUUCAUCUUCGCAAAGUGGAACAGCCAAAUCCAUAUGCCUCUGUAAAAGACAACAUCCUCUCUGCCAUAAGGCAAGGAGUUAAACUAAGGAAAGUGAAUCGAGAUACAGAGAAAGAUGUCAGUAAAGGAUCCGCUAAUGAGCUAGAGAGAAGCAUUAAGGCAGCCAUCCAGAGAAUUAAGAAAGUGUCUGCUGAUUCGGAAGAGGAGGAGAACAAUGAUCAGAAUAAUGGAGAAUGGGACAGCUAACCAAUUCAGAGUAACAGACUUACUGACUGGAACAGCACGUGUCUCAUUUUGCACGUUGUGGAAGACUGUCCCUUUCAGAAGGAAAACCAGUGUGAUUGUGUGUUCUCAUAGUCCGAAAUGUCUUGUAAAAGAAUCCUGUUGAUUUUCCUAUAAGAGCUGCAGAUUCUUAUUUUUGCAUGAGAAAUCAUACUCCAAAUUAUGCUUGCAUUAAUAGGUAUUUCUGCUCAACCAUGUAGAGUUUUCACCACAUCUGAAGACAGCUAAAGUGUUGGAUUGAAACAUACUUCAUUUAGAUUGUUACUACACAGUGGGUAAUGCUAUCACAACAAAAUUUAAGGAGUGAAAAACUAACUGAAAAUCUGUUUUGUCAGAUAAAAGUAGAACAAAAUCUGUGGUGAUAGAGGCAGACCAGAAGACUUAGCACAAUCUGGAACCUCUCAUUCCUACCUCCAUUAUCCAGAAAAUUCUUUAACAUUUUGCUUGUCUAAUACAGCUCACUCUAAUAACUACAUGGAUUCUUCAUUUAUCAUUAUGUUAUAAAGUGUGCACUUAAGAAUGGGCUUGGUAAUGCUGAUUGGAAAAAUUACAAUCAAGUUUGAAAUAAACACUACUGUAGUAAUUACUGAAAAGUUUACUUUUUAGCUGGAAGCUUAUAUAGAGAGGAUUUUUAGAUGGUAAAUGUUUUUCAUACAUCUGCAUUUACAAUGAACUGUUGGCAUGAAAGCAGGCCAACAUAUUGUAUAUAAUAUUUUCUGAGAUCUAGCCCUGUAAUACAGAGCUGCAUUUCUCCACUGAGAACAUCGAUAUGUGUUUGUAACUACUUUCAUGAAUUUAAAUUACCCGAUAGCCUUAUAAAUGGCAGAUAUUUGCAUUGUGCCUGGAACCUGACUAUUUAAAAAUUCAGCUACGUUCAAUUUAGAGACUGUUUCUAUUUUGGGUAGAUAGUGACAAAAAUGAUUCAAAGUUUCUUUUGGAGCUUAUACUGACCUUUAAUAAAAAUAUAUCCUG